AUGGAGAUGAGUAAAACGAUUGGAAUUGCUGCCGGUGUGGCUGGGACGCUGUUCCUUGGCUAUUGCAUAUACUUCGACCACAAACGCAGGAAGGAUCCGGAUUUUAAGAAAAAAUUGCGCGAAAGACGAAAGGCCAAAAAGGCAGCAGCAUCGACAGGGCCAAGGACAACAAUCCCUAACCUGACAGAUCACGAAGAAGUGCAGAGAUUCUUCCUGCAGGAGAUUCAAACCGGCGAAUCACUUAUUGCGGCCGGUGAUAUCGAGAACGGUGUGGAACAUUUGGCUAAUGCAAUUAUUGUUUGUGGUCAGCCAACGCAACUGCUACAGGUCCUCCAGCAAACGCUGCCAGCUCAGGUGUUCGCAUUGCUGAUCACCCGCAUGCGACAGUACGGCAGUCAAUCGAGCGAGAACGAACGGACCAAGCUUCAGGACAUGAACGAUGAUCUGGAGUAA